AUGUUUGACACGGUCUGUACUCUGCCUCUUUCGGCAGACCUUUUUUCACAGGCAAUUCACCCCAACCAGCCCAUUGUCUCAGUGGGUUUGUCCUCCGGUCAUGUUCAAACCUUCCGGCUGCCCUCGGACGAAGCCGACAGUGAUGACGAUGGUGCGUCGACCUCCUCGUCGCGCAAUGGCAGGGGCCACAUCGAUACCAUGUGGAGGACAAGACGACAUAAGGGUAGCUGUCGGUGUCUCACGUUCGGAGUGGAUGGGGAGACGCUGUACUCUGCGGGGACUGAUGGGUUGGUGAAAGCUGCGAAGGCGGAGACCGGGGUGGUGGAAAAUAAGAUCGCUAUUCCCACCGACAAAAAAGGCUCAAUUGAUGCUCCAACAAUCGUCCACGCACUGUCACCCCAGACUCUCCUUCUCGCUACGGACUCGAGCGCCCUGCAUCUCUACGACCUUCGUAUUCCGUUCUCUCGAGUUUCGGCCCGACCGCAGCAGAGCCACCAUCCUCAUGAUGAUUACAUCUCUUCACUGACCCCGCUACCACCGUCGGACACCAGCACCUCGGGCUUUAGCAAACAGUGGGUUACAACGGGUGGUACUACGUUAGCGGUCACAGAUUUACGACGCGGGGUUAUGGUGCGCAGUGAAGAUCAGGAGGAGGAGUUGACUAGUUCCGUAUACAUGGGCGGUUUACCAUCCGGGGGAACCAGCCGUGGUGAAAAGGUGAUUGUGGGUGGUUCCAGUGGCGUCCUGACCCUUUGGGAGAAGGGCGCGUGGGACGACCAGGACGAGCGCAUCUAUGUGCAGCGCGAAGCCGGUGAAGGAGAGGCACUGGAAACUCUUACGGUCGUCCCCGAGGAACUGGGCAAGGGUAAAAUGGUCGCGGUCGGCCUGGGAAGUGGAGGAGUGAAAUUCGUUCGUAUCGGCCCCAACAAGGUCGUAGCCGAAGUGACGCAUGACGAGACGGAAGGAGUUGUCGGCCUGGGGUUCGAUGUCGAGGGCCGUAUGGUCAGUGGAGGAGGACAGGUAGUGAAGGUCUGGAAUGAGGCUGUGGGAUCGAGUGACUUGAACGGUGUGAAGCAUAUACUCGGUGACAGUGAUGACAGCGACGACAAUGAUUCCGACGACAGUGAUCGGGAGACCCGGGCUGAUCAGGGACGAAAGAAGCGCAAGAAGAACAAGGGCAAAGAUCGCAGUGGAGUUCGGGAUGUCAUGGCUUUCCAUGAUCUCGAUUGA